CCUUCCAACUUAAAAGCCCUCCACAUCGCCAGAUCGAGAUCCAGAGAGAUGGGCAUGGGAAGCUCUUCCGGUGAGACCGAGUCCCCUGUUUGGAUCCGAAACCCUAACCCUAGAUUGGAGAUGAGCAAGAAAGGGAAGAAAGCGCAGGAGAAGAAGAGGAGGGAGGAGGAGGUGGAGUGGGAGGGGAGGACAUGGGAGGUGGGCUGGCCGAGAAAGAGCAGGGGCGGCGGUGGGGUGAUGCUGGAGGGCUACGUCGAGGCAGGGGAGGGAGUCGACCACGGGACGGGCGGAGGAGAUGGGGUGGUGGGGAGAACGAAGAGCCUGACGGACGAGGACUUGGAGGAGUUGAAGGGGUGCUUGGAUUUGGGGUUCGGGUUCAGCUACGAGGAGAUCCCCGAGCUGUGCAACACUCUCCCGGCUCUCGAGCUCUGUUACUCGAUGAGUCAGAGAUUCUUGGACGAGCAGCAGCAGCACCAGAGCCGGUCGCCGGAGACGGCGGGGGAUGCGGCGGCGGCGGAGCAGAGCCCUGCUGCGGCGUCUUCUACUCCCGUGGCCAAUUGGAAGAUCUCCAGCCCCGGGGACCAUCCUGAAGAAGUUAAAGCAAGGCUGAAAUAUUGGGCCCAAGCAGUGGCAUGUACUGUUAGAUUAUGCAACUGAUGGAUCACUGUUGAUUUGUCAUAUCAAGAAACACAAUUUCAUUUCGAUCAACAACUGGCAAUCUUUUCGUCGAAAGAAGUCUUGGCUGAUUCCUUGCUACUCUGUGCCCUUUGGGAUUCUUUGCAACUCUCUCUUUGAUGACAGGCUGGCUAUGGAUCUGAUUCAAGACGAGAAGAGUUGGAAGAAAGAGGAGGAAGAAGUCUAGGACUUUAAACUAAUGACACCAUGUACCUCAUUGCAUUAGCUAUACAUGAACCUGAUUACAUUGUUUCUUGUAUAUACCAAUAAUUUAACGUAAUUAAAUGCAUUUUCUUCUUCACCUUGCUCCUACUCCUAUGAAUUUGGCUCUUUGCUAUGUUCACUUUUCUUCAAACUAUUAUAUCACCUUAUUGUCAAGUAUAUGUUAUUUCGGCAUUUUUUA